UAAAUCCAAGGACAUAGCGCUUCGUUGGAUUGGAUUUCAUUUCAUAAUCUGAAUAUCAAUAUAUUUUUGAGUGGAAUUCUGCAACAGUGACAGUGACAUCCACAAGUAAACAAGCCGGAUCAUAGCUAUGAUUGGAAUCAUUGUUCAAUAGUAUAAUUUAACAGAAAAAUAUAAACAUAUCGUCAUACUGGUCAGGGAGAAUUACAUGUAAAUGCAUGUUUGAUGCCGAAACGGGAUAGGAAAUACCAAUGUUGGAGAUGUGCAUCACUGAUGUGGAACUUUGAUUAGUGGGAUACACUCAUCACUUGUUGAGACAAAAGAUUUCUGUGUUGAUUGAGCUAAUAAUCUCCAGUUUCCUGUCUAGUCUCGCUAUGUUCCAUGGUGAAAGUGAACUUCAUGUCAUGUGAUCAUGCAUGUAUCGUUCAUUAAUCUCCUGGAUUUAGACAUGUCUUCACUUGAUCUGCUGGGCUAGGAUAGCUAGAGAAACAGGCUGUACGUGCAUGUGCCCUUUCAUAUAAUGCAAACAUACAUGGUUGCAGUCUUACAAUAAAAUUGAAUAAUCUUGGAUCACAUGCACUCUCUAAGUGUGUUGUCAAAUGCCAAUGUAAUACAAGUUCAAUUUAGUUGGCAGAGAGAUACAGUAUUGCUAAUGUUUUGGCUGAUCCAAAGAUUGAAAUUCCAAAUUUGUCAUAAAAAGGAUAUUAAGAGCAUCGGGUGAAGGUUAGGCCACUAUCAAAGCAGCUGAAGCAUUGCUUUGAUAUCCGUCUGCUCUAGUGCUGCUCCAUGGCAAGUAAGGAUAAGACAACAACAGCUCUAAAUAAUUCAUGACCUAGCUGCAUCAUAUGACAUCCUGAGUACACAUUAUCACACUUGGGUCUUGAGAAAGCCCUGGCUAUUAUCGAUGGAAUCGCACUGUGCUAAUGGGACGACUUAUGUGUGCUGCAUGGAAAACAAUCACUCCAUAACUCAUCAUGUAAUUGCACCAAGCCGGCUUUAUAACAGCGUUAGCGUGCCCGCUGCUGACUGAAAUUCACUUUCAUUGGGGCUGACUAAUAACAUCUCAGGGGAGAUAGAGGAAUAAAAAAAAAGAGUCCGGUCUCUAGCUGUAUGCUGCUGUGAACUUGCAUGUACAUGGUGAAAUAGGUAGGAAGUGUUGUAUUACUAUUACGGUAGGUAGUACAGAGAUUGCCUGACUGACUGAGAUCAACAGUGGUCACUUCUAUCCGCCAGAUUCGAGGUUGGAUGCUAUUCACCUCUUUAUAUACUGAGCAGUUUUGUUUUUAGCAGUACAAUAUGUGACUAAUCAUAUAUUCUGGAAAUACAGGGAAUUUCACUCUUGGAUGCUUGCUGAGCUUCAUCGAUAUUAUUUCAGUAUAUUCCUAUCCUAUAGUCUGCUACUGCACAAAUCACGGCAUGGCAACUGUCAUAGAGUGCUAACGAGUCACUUCCAACUCUAAAUUGGCAACGUAGCAUCGGCAACGUAGCACUCGCAGCGGCUAGAGUUCAAGCGGAUCUAGGAGUCGAUCAGGCCAUGUUCUAAAAUUGUAUGUACAGCGUUGAUUUGGUCACGAAGAACACAACUUGUUCCAAGAAGGGAGUUCUUGUGCUGCUGUUUUAAAGUCAGAAGAAUAUUUGGAAAGUUGUGUUUGACACGGAUAUCAUGUCGUGGAUUAAGUUAUGGAUCUAUGACACAUUUCUUUAACUACUGCCAUUGGAAUUAAGUGUAGUGUGUCUCAGAUAGGACGGGAGUCGACGCAGUACAGCAUUGAGUCAUCGUGUACAAACACUUUUGGCUAUAUUUGCCUUUAGAUAUGAGUACAUUGUUGCAGUUGACAUAUUUUGUAUGAAUUUCCAAUAUUCGAAAUAGCAGACAGCAAACUAGAAGAGGGAGAGCUCAAGAGAAGAAAGAGAGUGAGUACUAGCUCCUUAAUGAUUCUGUUUGAUGAUACGUGUCGGUCGGCACGGCAUUGUCAAGAUGUAAGCGGACAAGAAGUCAUGAUCGAUCAAGCAAACAUACCCCCAUCCAUCGCCUCCACCUCGCCCCGAUCCCUGCCUCAACUCUCAAGCUCUUUAUUCGACGACGACGCUAUUCCGCGCCUUGAUGGGUCUUUAAAGGAAGAGGAGAACGACGAGAAAGAAGAAGAAGAAUCCGUGCUUCUGAGUGACUUCCAUGAUGUUCUCUUGGAGCUGGCUGCGUCCCCUGAUGAUAUGGCUUGCUUCACCAUCACGUCUGCAGUCGGUGGUGCCCACCUGCCAACAGCGUUCAGUCUUGAAGAACUUUCGCCGGAGGAAUGCAGAGAUUUAUCCGCUGUUUGCUUUCCAGUCAACGGAAGAUCCAAGUCUUUCGGUAACUCUGUAUCCAAAGCUUUCAAUGAAGCUGUCUCGAAGCUGGAGAUGGGGCAUGACAGUCGCAACAAGCAAUUCCACAAGCUGUUUCCUUGUGUGCCAGACUCUGAGCAAGUUAUAAACACGUAUUCAUGUGCCUUAGUUAAAGAUAUACUCCUCCAAGGAAGAAUGUUUGUAUCAGAGAAUUGGCUUUGUUUCCAUUCCAACAUCUUCUCUUAUGAGAAACAGAUUGCAAUCAAAGUGGAGACGAUUACCAAGAUAACCAAAGAGAGAACAGCUUUUGUCGUUCCCAAUGCAAUAGGACUCCAAACACCCUCCGAAAAGCACAUCUUUGGAUCGUUGCUUUCAAGACAUUCCACUCAUCAGCUUCUCUACAGAGUCUGGAAAAAUGCCAAGGGUGAGACAGAGUCGAUGAGCCCUAGCUCCAGCCAGCAAGGGGAUAGUGAUGAAGACGACAUUCCAGGAGACAGUGAUGAUGAGGACGAGCUAGAUUUGGAACACGAGGGUCCCAACGGUCGCGUUCUGCCUCCAGUCAGCGUGCAUGACUAUCAGAGAUUGGAACCUUCGCGUUUCUCAGAUUCAUACGGGGGCGGGUCUCAUCCUCAUCAGGGUAGCCCUCGGCAACCACGCCUACCCUCCGACCAAUCACAUUCCAUGGGGGACUCGCCCGAUCAGGGCCACCGGUCACAUACGGGCUACCAUCAUCAGCUCUGUCAGAUGUUAUGUUCAGUCAGCAUAUUCAAGUCCAUUAUGAGGCUUGGGAGCUCUCUCAAGCAGCUACCUCAGUAUCAACCUUUCUUACUACUCAUUGGCAUCUUACUUCUGUGCCUGACCUUCUCUGCAGCAGUACUGUCUAUAAGGAUAUGGCGGCUACAACCACACAUGGCCACCCCAUCACAAACAUCAGCCCAUGAGUCCGUCCACCUUGAAAGCAUGGAGAGCAUUGGGGAUCUCUUCUUAUUAGAGCAGCAUAAACACCAAGAGAAAGUAUCUCAUAUACAGGAUACGCUAUCAGCUAAUCUCAAAACAUUAUUACAGGUGCAAUUGUCGUUACGGCAUCUGAACACAAAGUCGUCGGAAAAUACUAUUCCACCUCACCACAGCGACUCAUCGUCACCGGACAGAGGGAAAAAGGAAGAUUUAUAGUACCGGUCCUUGGUCUGCUCCUGCUAUCCAAUCUGCAAUCCAUUCCACUCUGGACGGCUUCUGUUACCCAUCCACCUCAGGAUCUCAGGAGCUGUCAUUCCUAUACCCUCUCACGAGGUUCUAGCAGACCAAACUCUAAAACAAUGACCCAUUCACUUUGAAGAACUCCAACAUUCUUAAACCCUUCAGACAUGAUGCAGCACACCAUCAAAUUUUGUGUUGCUGGAUGAUGACCUAAGUGUACUACACUGCACAUUUCUUCAUCAUCUUGUAACAGAGAUCUCAGUGAAGUGGUGUAGGAUCUCUUUUUGUCAUUCAUUUACAUGUGAAGAAGACCGCUGCGGGCCUUUCUCCAUCAUAACUUGGGACCACCAGAAUUUGACAGAAAGAUUUCUUCAAGGAAUGCACCUCAUGGUUUUUGUUUUUAUGUUCAACAUUCCUAAAGCCUCUAAUCAUGCCAAACAUGAAUACAAGAAGCAAAAACCACACCACUGUAUUUCCUCCUCAUCAUCAUCAUGUAUUAAAGUCAGAACUUUCACUCUUUUGAGGUUGAUGACCUUCACUUCAUCUUGUCUCGAGCAUCCUCCUCAUCGAGCAUCCUCCUCAUUUAGACCAAUCUAUGAAACGCACGAUGACUGUUAAACUUUGAAAGAUGACUCCUUUAGCAUAUUGUCUAAUGGGCCCGAGAUCAUUUGAGCUGGAUACAUGUUGUAACAAAGUCAAAUCUCAUCUUAUGGCUUAAUACACAGACACAGCUUUUAUUUAUUUUUAAAUAUUUUAUCGAUCAGGAUUAUUCUUGAACUGGUACCAUGUUCCAAAUGAACAUGGAAUGAGGAAUAAAUAUCUAUUUUUGGCCAAGUAACUUUUUCCUCUUGUUUGUUUAGUCACAUUUUCUUUUGCUUUGUUUACCCAUGUACAAUGCUUUUAAGGUGUUGUGAUAUUUAACUAUCUUAAUUUGCAAUAUUGUUGUGAUUUUAAUGGAUACAAAACCUUAUAAUAAACAAUUUUAAUGUGUAUCGUUCAGAACUUUUUCUUUCAAAUUGCGAUUACCUCACUACUAUUUGACACAACCUACAUUAAAGCUUCUAUCAUAGCCCUACUAAUUGAAGAAAACUACCGUAUUUUUGAAACUCUAAACACUUUAUGUAAUUUGUAAUCUAUCGUUCACAUUUCCUUGAUUUCUUCUAAAAAUAGUUGAAUUUAAGCCCUUAAAAAUGAGGAUUUUUAGAGCUACAAUUUUACAAAUUUAGAUUUAUUCAGACUCUUUCAAAGUUGAUUGACCAUGAAAAAUUAUUAAUAAUAAAAAUAAAAUGAAUAGAAAAAAACUAUAAAUUACUGGUACAACCUUUUAUGAUUAAACGCAAUACGGUGCUACCAGCAAUAUAAAGUGAUUUUUUUAUGUAGGCAAUGAAUUAUUCUAAUUGUAUUCAAAUUAAAAAGGGCUGGUACUUAAUUAUGUUUAAAAAUAGUAAUGGGAAGAAGAUCAUAGGCUUGUCCUUGUAAAGGAAUUGGAUACUUUCAUGAGAGCUUUCUCAUAUUAAUGUGGCUCUGUAGCUGCUUAUUUUCCUUGGGGUGGGGGCUAUGUCACAAACUUCAUUCCAGAUGGCAAGAACAGCAACUAUACCAAGAAAAACAAUAAAGUGAGGUAGUUCUCCAAAAGGUAAUCUUGUCAAAUAUUAUCAUCAGCAUGUAGUCUCAGUGUGUAGUGGCCAAAGCAAUAUUAACAAUGAUGGGAAAAAAGAAGAGCCAAUUUUCUCUUUGAAACAUACUUAACAGUAAACAUAUAUGUUUUAAAGCAGUUGAGAUCAAUUUAUGAAUGAUUUACCUCCAUUUCCUGUUGACAAUGUUUGGUAAGAUGGUAGACUGUUGAUACAUGUUGUGUGCCAAGCAGAAGGAUGUAAUCCCAACGUUUUUAAAUAUUUAUUUAAAAAAAAGUUUGAUUGCUGCAAUGAUGAUUUGGAUCAAGUAAACCCAUUUUCAAGAUGUAAUAUUGAAAUAGUCCAAUUUUGCAUUUUUUGUGAAAUAUUUAUCUGCACAUCCAUUCACACCCUUUUGACAUGCAUGUGACACUUCAUAACCAACGGGGAGAAUGGUUUAUUAUAAGCAUACACAUGUACCUGUACUUUAGUGUUUACUUCUACACCAGUGCUAUGUCUACAGCACUCAUGUGGGGUGGUCGAUACAUAAUGUUGAGGAUUGAAAUGAAAACGCAGAGUACAAUCAUGUGAGCAAUGUAAAUGCAGCUGAUUUGAGGGAAAUGAGAAUUGAUGUCGUGCUAUGAAACGCACUUGAAUGAAAGCCAAAUUGAUAAAUGUGUCAAUGUUAUAAUAUUGUUAAAUGCACAAAUCAAACACAAUGCACAGAAGAGAUAUCACAGUGCAAAGUUCAUAGAAGAGAUCCUUUAAACUAACAUGUUUCCCAUGAUUAUGGAUGCAGUAUACUUAUCACUUGUUAUUAAUGUAUAUCUUACAAUUUGUAUUCUUACCUUCUUUUUUAAUCCCCAUCUCAACAUGAAUAAGUACAUCAAGAAGAUAUAACAAACGUAACAUCACAUGCACAUGUACUUCAGUUGUAUUCAAACAUACUUUAAAUAUAAUUCCAAUAAAUGAAAUACUCAAAAAUAGCAAAUUGUCAAUGGACAUAGAUGCAAAAUGCCAUAUAUCUUGCAUUGUACAUUACAUAUUCCAAAUAUUAGUCUCAGAAGAAGAAACAAGAUUCAAAUACUCUACGAAAAUCUACAAAGAACCAUUGCAUUUCCAUCUCUGAUGCUUAUACAUGUACAACUAGGUUACACUUUAAGACCAUGAAAGACAUGGGGCUAAGUCCAAGCUUUUCUGUGCCAUAUAUAUCACUGACCAAAGCUAAGGAUUAUCUAUUAGUACCCCUUACUAGAGCUUGGAAGUGAAAUGAAACAUGUCAUGUCGACGUAUGUUCAGAUCUCCACCAUACACUCUAAUGUAUGGGAAACCACAAUGACCAAAAGAUGUGUUUGGAGCCAGAAGGCAAUAACUCUGGAUAAAAUAACAUGACUUAAAGCCUUUCUUUCUCCAAACAGACGAAAUAAGUAAGACUUGCCCACAUCAGACUUGUAUGGAUCAAUAGCAAACAGUAUGUAUUCCAAUAUGUUAGUAAAAUGAACAGAUAAUUAUGGAAAAAGAGUAAACUUUAGAGUGUGAUUCCGCAAUAUGAAACUAUAAGGGUUGCAUAUAUGUACUUCGUACUAGUAUGGAUAUGUAAUAUGCAUAACUC